GGCUCCAGCCCCCUCCUCGGGCGCUGCAGGGGCCGCGGGCGUGGAGCGGCUCCGCCGCGGGGCAGCCCGGGCGGGUGUUUCCCUCUCGCUCGCUCACACAUGCUCCCUCGCUGCACCCGCCCACCCUGCAUGCUCCAGCGAGCUGCAUUGGGAUCGGUGACGGCUCCCGUCCUCAGACACCCGCCCCCGAGCCAGCUCCGGGAGCAUCCGCCGCCGAGGCGAGCCGGGAGAGAGAAGGGCGCCGGGACCUCUGGCCAGCAGCAUCCUCAGCCCUCGCCUCCUCCUCCUGGCCGGGCUGGCGAGAGGAUGAGGAGCGAUGGGCCAAGCUUGCGGCCACUCCAUCCUCUGCCGGAGCCAGCCCUACCAGCCGGCCGCGUCUGACAUACGGGGCCAGCAGGUUUUCCUGAAGGCGGAGGAGACGCUGCCCAGCUCCGAGGCGCUACAGGAUGCCUUACUGAGUCUGGGCUCCGUGAUCGACAUCACCUGCCUCCGGGAUGUCAUCAAAGAUGCCAUUACGUCCGUGCUCCCCAAAGUGGAGCAUGUGUACAUUUACCUGCUGGACGGAGAAGCCAGGCUGACCUGCGACGACCCUCCCCACGAGCUGCCUCCCGAGGGAAAGAUCAGAGAUGCCGUCCUCAAGCAGAAGCAGGUGGGAUGCAAUGGGCUGCCCCAGUCGGAGCUCCAGGGCAAACCGAUGGGCAGCCUGGCGGCACCUUUGCCUCCUGAUAAGCAAGUGUUGAUAAACCCGCUGGUGGACAAGGACUCGGGGGAGGUGGUCGCUGUCAUCCUGGUGCACUGUGGGCGGCUGAGCGAGUCGGACGAGCAGAACCUGCGGGCGCUGGAGAAGCAUGUCCUGGUGGCGUACCGGCGUGUCCAAACCCUCCAGAAGCUGCAGCCCUGGCCCCAGGUCAGCCUGUCCACCAGCUCGUCCCAGAAUUCCCUGGCCAAGACGGAGAGGGCAACACACAGCGGCUACAGCGACCUGGACCGCAAGAUCUUGCAGCUGUGUGGGGAGCUGUACGACCUCGACGCGGCUUCGCUCCAGCUCAAGGUCAUUAACUAUCUGAAGCAGGAGACCCAGUCCCCCUGCUGCUGCCUCCUGCUGGUCUCGGAAGAUAACCACCAGCUCUUCUGCCAGGUCGUGGGAGAUAAAGUGCUGGAAGAGGAGAUCAGCUUCCCUCUGAUGUUUGGGCGUCUGGGGCAGGUGGUGGAGGAGAAGAAAUCCAUCACGCUACAGGACAUCAGCGUGGAGGAACACAAGCAGCUUCACAACAUGCUGGGAUUCGAGGUCACCUCCAUGCUGUGCGUGCCGGUCAUUAGCCGGGCCACCUCCCAGGUGGUGGCCUUAGCCUGCACUUUCAACAAGCUGGGAGGAGAGAGCUACACGGAGGCCGACGAGCACAGAAUCCAGCACUGCUUCUGCUACACCUCCACCGUCCUGACCAGCACACUGGCCUUCCAGAAGGAGCAGAAGCUGAAGUGCGAGUGCCAGGCGCUCCUGCAAGUGGCUAAGAACCUGUUUACGCACUUGGACGACGUGUCGGUGCUGCUCCAGGAGAUCAUCACGGAAGCCCGGAAUCUCAGCAACGCCGAAAUAUGCUCGGUUUUCCUGCUGGACACGUUCAGCCAUGAGCUGGUGGCCAAGGUGUUUGACGGGGGCGUGGUGGAUGACGAGAGCUACGAAAUCCGCAUCCCAGCGGAUCAGGGCAUCGCAGGUCACGUGGCAACGACGGGGAAGAUCCUCAACAUCAAGGAUGCCUAUUCCCACCCGCUCUUCUACCGUGGGGUGGAUGACAGCACCGGCUUCCGGACCCGAAACAUCCUCUGCUUCCCCAUCAAGAACGAGAGCCAUGAGGUCAUCGGGGUGGCGGAGCUGGUCAACAAGAUUAACGGGCCUUGGUUCAGCAAGUUCGACGAGGACCUGGCCACGGCUUUCUCCAUCUACUGCGGGAUCAGCAUCGCCCACUCGCUGCUCUACAAGAAGGUCCACGAAGCCCAGUACCGAAGCCACGUGGCCAACGAAAUGAUGAUGUACCACAUGAAGGUCUCGGACGAGGAAUACAAAAAGCUGCUCAGUGACGGGAUCUGCCCCGUGGAAAGCAUCGAUUAUCGCUUCGCCGAUUUCACCUACACGCCGCGCUCGCUGCCCGAGGAUGACACGCCCAUGGCCAUCCUGAGCAUGCUGCAGGACAUGAACUUCAUUAACAACUACAAAAUGGAUCGCCAGACGCUAGCCAGGUUCUGCCUGAUGGUGAGGAAGGGCUACCGGGACCCUCCCUAUCACAACUGGAUGCACGCUUUCUCCGUCUCCCACUUCUGCUACCUGCUCUACAAGAACCUGGAGCUGGUCAAAUACCUGGAAGACAUUGAGAUCUUCGCCUUGUUCAUCUCCUGCAUGUGUCACGACCUGGACCACAGAGGCACCAAUAACUCGUUCCAGGUGGCUUCGAAAUCCGUCCUGGCGGCGCUCUACAGCUCCGAGGGCUCUGUCAUGGAGAGACACCACUUCGCACAGGCCAUUGCCAUCCUAAACACCCACGGCUGCAACAUCUUCGACCACUUCUCCCGCAAGGAUUACCAAAGGAUGCUGGAUCUGAUGAGGGACAUUAUUCUGGCCACGGAUCUCGCUCACCACUUGCGAAUCUUCAAGGACCUGCAGAAGAUGGCGGAAGGCGGCUACGACCCGGAGAACAAACAGCACCACAGCCUGCUGCUCUGCCUGCUCAUGACCUCCUGCGACCUCUCCGACCAGACCAAGGGCUGGAAAACCACCAGGAAGAUCGCUGAGCUGAUCUACAAGGAGUUCUUCUCCCAGGGAGAUCUGGAAAAAGCCAUGGGCAACCGCCCCAUGGAGAUGAUGGACCGGGAGAAGGCCUACAUCCCCGAGCUGCAGAUCAGCUUCAUGGAGCACAUCGCCAUGCCCAUCUACAAGCUGCUCCAGGACCUGUUCCCGAGAGCCACCGAGCUGUACGAGAGGGUGGCCAGCAACAGGGAGCAGUGGACCAAAGUGUCUCACAAAUUCACCAUCAGGGGCCUCCCCAGCAACAACUCGCUGGACUUCCUGGACGAGGAGUACGACCUGCAGGGGAUGGACAGGGAGAGCGCCAAGAUGAACGGCUGCCUGGACUCGGAGGGGCACAUGGAGACGGUGGCGCAAUGAGGUUCUCCUCACUGCUGGGGGGGGGGGGAGGGGGUGACAGAACGACAAACUCAGCGACUCUUUGUCCCUUUUCUCCUGGAUCCAAAGGAAAGAGGGAGCUGGUUUUGAUAAAUCCUUAUUUGUCCAGUGCGUUCUCUGCAGUCACGGUCCCGCCCAGGCCGUGCCUAGCCCCGCAGGUGGGACGGCGGCUCUGAUUCACACCUGUUCAGGACACUCACCCAUGUGCUCUUUUGGAUGCCGGGGGGGCGGGCGUUAUUCCUUGGACUCCUUUUGCUGUACAUUGAAAUGAACCGCACUUCCCUCAUCCCCUUCUGUACGGGGACCAUCGCUUUUCAAUGGCUCCAGGGCUCGGUGUCUGCGCUGGGAACAGAAGGGGGUUCGCCAGGGCCAGGGAGAGUGUGUGCUUUGAGAAGGCCUGAGGCUGCCCUUCCCCUCUGAGCACGGCUGCCCUCACUUCCCAGACCAGGAUCUCAUGCUUCACGCCCUCCUGAGAGCUGAACUUCACGGGUUGACUGACAUGGAGGACUUUCGCCGCUGGCUGCUUCAGGGUGGGGGGAGAGGUUUUCCUGCAGGCUGAUCUGCAAACCCUGGCUGUUGAAUGGGGAGUUACAUGGCCCGUGAGGCUGGGACAGGGGAGAGCUGUGCAGGCAGGCAGGGACGGAAAGGAGAGGGAGCCAGUCGCCGAGGAGAGUGGAAAUGUUCCCGAGGGUUGCAGAGACGAAUGGCCGGGAGAAAUCACGUGUGGCGUGUCCUCGUGAACGUAUCUGUGGGCGCGGAGCAGUAGGGCCGUAGAACCGGGUCUUUGCUCUGGGGAUGUCUGGCUGAGAGCACGAUGUGUUUUUCUGACCUCCAGGCAGUCGGGCAUGACAGGUCCCGUACUUCCAAGCACAGGCUCACGGCUGCUCUCCUCCCAAUGACGGCCUCCCUGCUCUCGGAUCCAGGGCCAGCCGCCUCCUGCUGUCUCGCGGUGGUGGAGGGCAGAGGAAGGGUGUUUAGAUCCAGAGAGGAGCACAAAGCCAUCCGUCAGGGAAACCUGUCCUGAGAGGACACUGCAGGAGAGGAGAGACUGGAGUCUGCAGGCCAUAAAACGCCCCUGAUCCAUGCACGUGCCUCUAACUGCUGACCAGAAACGCCAGUGCAUGAUCACUGCCAGCUUGUGAUCUCAGAAGGGGGCGUCUGCGGGGCCAGAGCCACACCCGGUGUAAGCAGACGCACAUCCAGUGACGUCAGCACAGAGCACUUUCCCCUUCGCCCACAUCUUGGCCCAUCGCUGCCUUUGUAAUUGAAACCUGCCCUUUGGAUGCUUUAGCAGAGAAGGUCCCGGUACCCACGUGUGCCCUGCAAAUACCCAGCCGAGCCAGCAGCCGACCACGCAGACGCGCCCCGGCUGCCCUUGAUGGGGCGCGCCGGUUCCAGAAGGCAUCUGCCAAGCAGUGUCUCCCUGAGCUGUGGUGUUCCCUGAGCAAUGGCGCAGAGCCGGAGUGCAGUGAGCCAGCUAGCACUCUGCACCCUUCACCAGAUGCACGGGCCGCCUGUCCCUUGUCUAGCAGGGCCAGCACGGAGAUUAUUUAGAGGCCUAGAUUGGACACAGAAUCCAGAGGGCAUGUGUCACACACGCCAUCUGAAAUGUGCCGGGGGCAGCGUUUCCUGUGGACGCUGGAGGGGUUUUAAGCCUCCUUCAGGCCUUUUAUUAACACGCUCACCGGUCUCUUUUCUGCUGCACCCGCUGUGUUAGUGGUGUGGGGCCGACGGGUCUAAGGGACUCGGGGGAUGGCGGGAAUGCAGCAGGGAGAGAAACGCGCCAGCCACCGAGCGUACAGCUUGCUAGCUACGUACCCACGUGUCGCACUCACAGACCCUAACCUGGCGCUUUCCCCGCUAUAUGCCUUGAAUUCCAACUGACUCCACGGUCUGCGUAAGGUCUCGGGCCCCUGAGUGGCAGAGCUGCAGCAAAGCGUUCAGCUGAUCGCCAGGAAAGCAGGAAAUACGGACUUUCUCCCCGAGGCCGGUACUGUAGUGUUGUGGCCAGCGCGUCCCAGCUGCCCACGUGGACUCUGAGGGACAAAUCGUCGUCUGCUGAGCAAAUGAUUGUCAAGGGGGCGAGGUGUCCCAGCCUUCAGGGAAACAGACGAUAGUUAUUUGAGAGGGGGCAGAGCCCUGUCUCCUGCAUGGCCUGGUCCCACUGGUCCCACGUUCUCACUCAAGAGGACAUCUGGUGCUGAAGCACUUGCCGGUUUCGUUUGCUAUUGAUCAGAGGACAGGCCUGCUGGUGGAGUCCGUGUGGGCCUUUAAAUCCUUUCCCACGUCAUCUUCCCCUGCCAAUCGCAGCAGUCACUAGUGUACAUAGCCCCGGGUGCUGUUCCUCCUUCUUGGGAAGACACUGAACGGCCUGGGCUGGAUUCCUGGCCCCACUGAAAUCAGUGGGUUUGUGCCAUUGACUUCAGUAGGGCCAGGAUUUCGCCCUGGCUGUUCCCCCCAGGAUAUCACUCCGCGCAGAGGCCAGUCUGCUGCUUUCUCACUUGUCUUCUGCAUGCUCAACUUGAUUCUUUCUCACAAGGGGCAUCAGCAUGGGAACAGGGUCUGGGAUCUCCAUGGCCAGGGGCUCCUUGGUCUCCCAGCUGACGGCGUAAACGGCUCUGUGCGGUGAUGACACAAUUCCCACCACUGGCGGUGCUCGAGGGCCAUCAGCAGAGGGGGAGGAACCCAGAUGAAGACCAAGAAGCAGGACCAGAAGGACUGUGGCAUCCACGGUUGAGGAUUACAUCUCGCCUUUGUCGUGAGCUGGAUUUGAUGGAUGGACGGGACUUCCUCUCUCUUACCCCUGUACGAGAGAUGGCCCAAAGCUAAACACCCUACACUGAAGAGCCCCAACCUUUCGGAAAGUUUAGAGCCAGAUCUGGGCUUAUGGGUUGGCCCCAUCGAGUUGAAACAGACCAGAACCCCGAUCCAAGGUCUCCCUCAGCUCUGCCCUUUCCGGCCUAGGCCCCUAACCCCUAACCCUAGCCCCUGCUCCACGCAGUCCUCCAGAUAAAGAGAGGAACGGGAGCUACAGGAGAGCGCCACCAUCUAGAGGCAGAAGAGUCUCCAAAGAGAAUGUGGCCAGGUGGUGUCAGCUGGUCUUGUGUCGUUUUUUGUAGCAAGUCCAGAGAACCCAGGCUCUUCCCCAAUAAUGGAUACUGCAAAACAUGGAGGUAGGCUAGCGUGGCCCAGGGGGCCCCGACACUGCAAACUGCAUUGAUCACAAUGAACCAACUGUGGCUGUCCCUAGGGGGUGAAAUUCACCCUGUGCAGAGUGCUGGUGUAACACCGACAGACCCCGGUUGUCGGCAGAUGGGAUCAAACCUGGGGCCUCUGGAGCUUAGUGCAUGAGACUGUCCCGCGUGAGCUAAAAGCCGCCUGGCUCUUAGCUAAGGCUGCAGCAGACUCAUGAAUCUCUAAGUGGUCUGGGUGCCUCUGGAGGGGACAGAACACCACACCCAGGAGGUGUGUGGGUUACACUGGCACAAGCCCACUGCACAAAGUCCCAGCUAAACCCUAUUUCGAAGGCACAAGCAGGCCACAGGGGCGUAUUUCACAAAAACUGGUCCCUUUGCUUUGCUAAAGCCGCACCUUCUGAAAUAGCGAGCCUGGCGAACCUCAACUAAAGCCAUCCGACGCCGACCUGGCGGCAGGAGUCUUUGCAUACUGGCUGUGGGGUGUCAGCGUGGGGGGUCAGCAUGGGGGUGGAGUUACAUAAAUGUCUGGUGGAGGGGGAUGAUGAUGCCCUUACCCAAUACUCACUGCUGAGUGUCUGAAGAGUGUUGACUGGCCUGCGUUACGUGGGGGCUCAGACUCUGUGGUGACAAUGGUCCGAUCUGGCCUUAAAACCUACGGCUGAGGAGCGGUAGGAGCUGCCGGGUGUGUUUAAUCUUCGGGCACGGCUACACGUGCAGCGGUAGAGCGCUGUGAGUUAAACCCGCCUUCGUAGGGCGCAGUAGGGAAAGCGCUGCAGUCUGUCCACACUGACAGCUGCAAGCGCACUGGCCUGGCCACGUUUGCGGCACUUGCCGCGGCAUUGGGAGCCGUGCACGAUGGGCAGCUAUCCCACCGAGCACCUCUUCCCAUUCUGGCGCUGUGGCUUGUGGGAAGGGGGCGGGGCAUUCGGGGUCCUGUCCCAACGCCCUGUGAUGCAUCGGUUCGCAUCCCAGCAUUCCCUUUGCUUCGGUCCACAUUGGGUGCCAUCUUUCAACAUUUUUUGUACUGCGCGUUCUGUCUUCCCUUUCGGUCUGCGGGAAUGGAGCCCGAACUGCUGAGGAGAAUUUUCAGUGCUGUAAAGUGGGGGAAAUCCCAGUCAGAAGCACAUCGGGCCUGUAAAUACCCAUGCUGGUAAACACAGCAGCUGAGGCUUAGAGUCCUGGAGACCAUGCUGCAGGUUUCCAUCUCAGAGCAGUGCUCAGCAUGGGGAGAAAGAGGGAGCUGGUGUUUAGGGCAGCAGAUUGCGUUCUAAAUGAGGAUGCUAUUCCUGGCUUUGCCAUUGACUCACUGCGCGACCUCAGGCAAAUCACUUUCUCUCUCCCCGUGCCUCAGUUUCCCCAUCCAUGACUCUCUUAUCUCACAGGAGCUGCUCUGAGGCUGGAACCAUUAUUCAGGCUUUGAGAGCCUCAAAUGGAAAGGGCUACCAAAGUGCAUCAGUGUAAUCAGCAGCUGGACUAUUUACCUGGGGAGGAAGGGCAGGAUUGUCUGGAUCCUGUGGGUGGAUGAGCACUGCAGUGUGUAAAUGUAGGAACAUCUGGUCUUCAGCGACAUGCAGUACACAUGGAUGUCAUCCCUACCUGCUCUGCGCACCAUCCAGCGACCAGACAUUGGCUCGUGCUGUGGGUAUGAAUUUCUUGUGGAUUUGGGCUACAUACAGAUUUUCCUCGGGGUCUUUUUUUAAUUGUAUGUUUCUCUGAAUAUAUGUCGUGUGUGCUGAUGUAUGUGGGGAACAGUGGGAGACUCUGAAGACAAGGAUGCUAACCGAAAACAUGUAUUCAUUUGCCUUACCUAUUCAGAGUUGCCUUUAGAAAGAUGCUUUGUAUAAAAUACUUGGUAGGACCGUGCGUAGUUACUAAAUGUGAAUGUUGGCUGAUAGCUUUGUAUAGGAGUACGUCUAUUUCUUUCUACCACAGUCCCUCUUAGAACAACUGUAAGUAUUUGCAGAGGGGAAGAUAGCAAAGAAAUUGAAAAUAAAUAAAUAAAUAAAAAAACCCUAAAGGCAAAAAAACCUCCCAACCCUGAAAACAAAGCUUACUCUGAUUGUUACGCUCCAUUCGAUUUUAUCUGGCAGUGCUUGUAAUUAAUUUGUAACCACCACGUUGUAUUAUAGCCAUUGUUUGGGAAUGGGAAAUUAUUUAUCGACACUCCAUCUUCCGCUGCGUGAAGAGCAAAGUUGACGGUGUAUGUAAACUUGCAGUAACGUGGUUUUAACGAUAGUUUCUAAGGGUCUGACUUAUCCAUUGGUGGCAUCCUGGAAAAGGGCGCAUAACGUGGGGCGGGGGAAUCAGUGGGUCAAAUCUAUCCCUUUUUUCUCCACUGGAGCUGUGUAAAUAAAAACAGAGGGUGAAAUUCACCCCUGUGUAAGGCCUGUGCAUAACAAAGCACUAGGACUUAGGGGGUGCAUAGAACUUGUGCUGGCCUGAUUUCCCCCUUGGAGAACACCACCACUGCUAGCUUACAUGCGGACAUCAGCGCUUUUCCCCCGCAGCCUGGACCUUUUCUAUUCGGACUCUUUCCUGCAAAUCAAGCAAGAGCUGGGACCCACACCAGGUGCUCCCUUCCUUCCGCUCACUU